GCAAAAUAUUUUCGAAGAAGAGACUAGAAACUCUCCAGAGCCUUCUUUGCCAUCGUUUAUAUUCCCAAGCAAGCACCUCCAUCGCCCUCAUCAGAAGUCCAAAAAUCGCUCUGCAUUCUCUCUACACAGCCAAACAAGCUCCAUUCUCAGUUUUCUCUCUGCAGCGUUCAUUGAUCUGAUUCAGUCUGCGUUCUCGUGAAGCAAAGCAGCAGUAAUGGCGGACGUUCAGAUGGCCGAUGCCGAGACCUUUGCCUUCCAGGCCGAGAUCAACCAGCUUCUCAGCCUGAUCAUCAACACUUUCUACAGCAACAAGGAGAUUUUCCUCCGCGAGCUCAUCAGCAACUCGUCCGAUGCGUUGGAUAAGAUUCGAUUCGAGAGCUUGACGGACAAGAGCAAGCUUGAUGCCCAGCCGGAGCUGUUCAUCCGGCUCGUCCCUGACAAAGCCAACAAGACUCUCUCCAUCAUCGACAGCGGUGUUGGCAUGACGAAAGCAGAUUUGGUGAACAAUUUGGGAACAAUUGCGAGAUCUGGAACUAAGGAAUUCAUGGAGGCGCUCCAGGCCGGUGCAGACGUGAGCAUGAUUGGUCAAUUUGGUGUGGGGUUCUACUCCGCCUAUCUCGUUGCUGAGAAGGUUGUUGUCACAACCAAGCACAACGAUGAUGAACAGUACGUUUGGGAAUCCCAGGCUGGAGGCUCGUUCACUGUGACGAGGGAUGUUAAUGGGGAACAACUCGGAAGGGGAACGAAAAUUACCCUCUUCCUUAAGGAAGAUCAGCUGGAGUACUUGGAGGAGAGGAGAAUUAAGGACUUGGUGAAGAAGCACUCGGAGUUCAUCAGCUACCCAAUCUACCUCUGGACCGAGAAGACAACCGAGAAGGAGAUCAGCGAUGAUGAAGACGACGAACCCAAGAAGGAGAAGGAAGAGGAAGGGGACGUCGAGGAGAUUGAUGAGGAGAAAGAGAGCAGCUCCAAGAAGAAGAAGAAGAUUAAGGAGGUUUCUCACGAGUGGGAACUCAUCAACAAGCAGAAACCCAUCUGGCUGCGUAAGCCAGAAGAGAUCACGAAGGAUGAGUACGCCUCCUUCUACAAGAGCUUGACAAACGACUGGGAGGACCACCUUGCUGUCAAGCACUUCUCUGUUGAGGGACAGCUCGAGUUCAAAGCCAUCUUGUUCGUACCUAAACGUGCUCCUUUCGACCUCUUCGACACCCGGAAGAAGAUGAACAACAUCAAGCUGUAUGUAAGGAGGGUGUUCAUCAUGGACAACUGCGAGGAGCUAAUGCCCGAGUACCUUGGGUUUGUUAAAGGUGUGGUAGAUUCUGAUGAUCUGCCACUCAACAUCUCCCGAGAGAUGCUUCAGCAGAACAAGAUCCUGAAGGUGAUCAGGAAGAACCUGGUGAAGAAAUGCAUCGAGAUGUUCAACGAGAUUGCCGAGAACAAGGAGGACUACACCAAGUUUUACGAGGCCUUCUCGAAGAACCUGAAGCUGGGCAUCCAUGAGGACAGCCAGAACAGGACCAAGCUGGCUGAUCUCCUGAGGUACCACUCAACCAAGAGUGGUGAAGAGCUGACUAGCUUGAAAGACUAUGUCACGAGGAUGAAGGAAGGACAGAAGGACAUCUACUACAUCACAGGUGAAAGCAAGAAGGCAGUAGAGAACUCUCCUUUCCUGGAGCGGCUCAAGAAGAAAGGGUACGAGGUUCUCUUCAUGGUGGAUGCCAUCGACGAGUAUGCUGUUGGGCAGUUGAAGGAGUACGAUGGCAAGAAACUCGUCUCUGCCACCAAGGAAGGGCUGAAGCUGGACGACGAGACGGAGGAAGAGAAGAAGGCCAAGGAGGAGAAGAAGAAGUCCUUCGAGAACCUCUGCAAAGUUAUCAAGGACAUCCUGGGAGACAGGGUCGAGAAAGUUGUGGUCUCUGACAGGAUUGUGGACUCUCCAUGCUGCUUGGUGACUGGGGAAUACGGCUGGACUGCCAACAUGGAGAGGAUCAUGAAGGCGCAGGCUCUGAGGGACAGCAGCAUGAGCUCGUAUAUGUCGAGCAAGAAGACGAUGGAGAUCAAUCCUGACAAUGGGAUCAUGGAGGAGCUGAGGAAGAGAGCUGAGGCCGACAAGAACGACAAGUCGGUGAAGGAUUUGGUGCUGCUGCUGUUCGAGACCGCGCUGCUGACUUCUGGGUUCAGUCUCGACGAUCCCAAUACGUUUGCUUCGAGGAUUCACAGGAUGCUGAAGCUUGGGCUGAGCAUUGAUGACGACGAUGUGGCGGGCGGUGAUGAUGCUGAGAUGCCGAAAACCACCGAGAAGGAGAUCAGUGAUGAUGAAGAUGAAGAGGAGCCCAAAAAGGAAGGUGAAGUUGAGGAAGUUGAUGAAGAGAAAGAGACUGAAUCCAAGAAGAAGAAGAAGAUCAAGGAAGUCUCUCACGAGUGGGAGCUCAUCAACAAGCAGAAACCCAUCUGGCUCCGCAAGCCAGAAGACAUCACCAAGGAAGAGUAUGCUUCCUUCUACAAGAGCCUGACCAAUGACUGGGAGGACCACCUGGCCGUGAAGCACUUCUCCGUUGAGGGCCAGCUUGAAUUCAAAGCCGUCCUGUUUGUCCCCAAAAGGGCUCCAUUCGAUCUCUUUGACACCCGCAAGAAGGCCAACAACAUCAAGCUGUAUGUCAGGCGAGUCUUCAUCAUGGACAACUGUGACGAGCUCAUCCCUGAGUUCCUCUCCUUCGUGAAAGGUGUGGUUGACUCUGAUGACCUGCCGCUCAACAUCUCCCGUGAGAUGCUCCAGCAGAACAAGAUCCUUAAGGUCAUCCGAAAGAACCUUGUGAAGAAGUGCAUUGAGAUGUUCAACGAGAUUGCUGAGAACAAGGAGGACUACAACAAGUUCUACGAGUCCUUCUCCAAGAACUUGAAGCUUGGUAUCCACGAGGACAGCACCAACCGUUCCAAGCUCGCUGACCUUUUGAGGUACCACUCCACCAAGAGCGGCGAGGAGUUGACCAGCUUGAAGGACUAUGUGACCAGAAUGAAGGAAGGUCAGACCGACAUCUUCUACAUUACUGGAGAGAGCAAGAAGGCAGUGGAGAACUCUCCCUUCUUGGAGAGGCUGAAGAAGAAGGGAUACGAAGUCCUCUACAUGGUUGACGCCAUUGAUGAGUAUGCCAUCGGGCAGCUGAAGGAAUAUGAUGGAAAGAAGCUUGUCUCUGCAACAAAGGAAGGGUUGAAGCUUGAUGAUGAGACCGAGGAAGAGAAGCAAAAGAAGGAAGAGAAGAAGAAGUCCUUCGAGGAGCUCUGCAAGACGAUCAAGGACAUCUUGGGCGACAAGGUCGAGAAGGUUAUCGUCUCCGACAGGAUUGUCGACUCCCCUUGCUGUUUGGUGACCGGUGAGUACGGUUGGAGCGCCAACAUGGAGAGGAUCAUGAAGGCUCAAGCUUUGAGGGACAGCAGCAUGGGAUCCUACAUGUCUAGCAAGAAGACCAUGGAGAUCAACCCCGACAAUGGCAUCAUGGACGAGCUGAGGAAGAGGGCUGAUGCCGAUAAGAACGACAAGUCUGUCAAGGAUCUUGUGCUGCUGCUGUUCGACACCGCGCUGCUGAACUCCGGGUUCAGUCUCGAGGACCCCAACACCUUCGCGACCAGGAUUCACAGGAUGUUGAAGCUUGGGCUGAGCAUUGACGAGGACGACGUGGCCGGUGGCGACGAGUCGGAGAUGCCUCCACUUGAGGAUGAUGGUGCCGAGGAGAGCAAGAUGGAGGAAGUCGACUAA